GGUGGGGAGCCAAAGCUUUUGGGAGAUAUAAGGUGAGUCUGCUGUAUGUCUCCUCACCACAUCUUCACUUCACCCCAGAGAAGCUGAACUCAGCGAGAAGAGGACAAGCAAGAUGAAGACUCUGCUGAGACUGAUGGCAGCUCUGCUCUGCGUCCUGGCCACAUGUGCCGCCCCGGUGGCGGACUUCAGUCUGGAGAAGAUGGCCGGCAAGUGGUACACGCCUGGUUUUGCCACCAAUGCUGCCUGGUUUGUUAACCACAAAGAUAAGAUGAAGACGGGAGUGGUGAUGAUCAAGAACACGGACGAUGGACACAUGGACCUCUCCUACUCAAAUCCCAAGGCUGAUGAUUCCUGCUGGAGAAUGACCCAGCUGGCCAAUAAAACAGAGACUCCUGGACGCUUCACUUUCUUCAGCCAGGUUUGGAACAAUGACAAUGACAUGAGCAUUGUGGACGUCGUGUAUGACCAGUACGCUCUGAUCUCCACCAUCAAGACCAGAGACGGUGUCUCUGAUGUCCUCACCAACCUUUACUCACGUACUCCAGAGCCCAGCGCUGACAUUCAGGAGAAGUUCACUAAGCUCUCCACAGAUGCAGGUAUCAAUCCUGAGAACAUCGCCAUACUGCCGUUUACUGGUGAGUGUCCAGAUGCCUGAAGCGUCAAGACUUCACUUGAGAAAACUUCAAUUCCUUUCAACUACUGCACUGAAGAGCAAUGUAGACAAGACGCUGGGGCAUCAAAUUCUUGCUGCUUACUCACCUGGACCAUCAAACUGGGUUCAAACCUCUCUGACCAAAAACUGCAGGCCACUGAACAGUGGGAAGAAGAAAUGGAUGACAAAAGACUGUUUUGUACUUUUUGUAUGACAUACUUGUGUUGCUGAUGGUAAAUCAUAAGAGUAUUAAAAAUACAUUUAA